UUCUUCAAAUCACCUUUCCUCUCAAACAUUCUUAAUUUCUCUUCAGUUAUAGAAUCAAGCCUUUACCUGUAGCUUCUUAAGCUCAAAUCAAUCAACAAUGGCUACUGACACAGCCAAGAUCUCUCAGCUCAAAUCAGCUGUUGCUAAUCUCAGUCAAAUCAGCGAGAGUGAGAAAACUGGAUUCGUCAACCUCGUUUCUCGCUAUCUCAGUGGGGAAGCGCAGCAAGUUGAGUGGAGUAAGAUUCAGACACCUACUGAUGAAGUAGUGGUUCCUUAUGAUACCUUGGCGCCAACUCCGGAGGAUCCGGAUGAAACAAAGAAGCUUUUGGACAAGCUUGUUGUUUUGAAGCUUAAUGGAGGUUUGGGGACUACAAUGGGAUGCACUGGUCCCAAGUCUGUCAUUGAAGUUCGUAAUGGAUUGACAUUUCUUGACCUUAUUGUCAUCCAGAUUGAGAAUCUUAAUAAGAAAUAUGGGUGCAGUGUUCCCUUGCUUCUAAUGAACUCAUUCAACACUCAUGAUGAUACACAGAAGAUUAUUGAGAAGUACUCGAACUCAAAUAUUGAGAUUCACACUUUUAAUCAGAGCCAGUACCCUCGUCUGGUUGUUGAUGAUUUUGUUCCAUUGCCUUCCAAGGGACAUACUGACAAGGACGGAUGGUAUCCUCCUGGACAUGGUGAUGUGUUCCCAUCCCUAAAGAACAGUGGCAAACUUGAUGCUUUAUUGUCGCAGGGUAAAGAGUAUGUGUUUGUUGCCAACUCAGACAACCUCGGUGCUGUUGUUGAUUUGAAAAUCUUAAAUCAUCUGAUCAGAAACAAGAAUGAAUACUGCAUGGAGGUGACACCCAAAACCCUGGCUGAUGUGAAGGGCGGUACUCUCAUCUCUUAUGAAGGGAAGGUUCAGCUCCUGGAAAUUGCUCAGGUCCCUGAUCAGCAUGUUAAUGAGUUCAAGUCAAUCGAGAAGUUCAAAAUUUUCAAUACAAACAACUUGUGGGUGAACUUGAAGGCAAUUAAAAGGCUUGUGGAAGCUGAUGCACUUAAGAUGGAGAUCAUUCCAAACCCAAAGGAAGUGGAUGGAGUCAAAGUACUUCAGCUAGAAACUGCAGCUGGAGCAGCAAUUAAGUUUUUUGAUCAUGCAAUUGGUAUAAAUGUACCUCGUUCUCGAUUCCUUCCAGUGAAGGCAACUUCAGAUCUGCUUCUUGUUCAGUCUGAUCUUUACACUUUAGUUGAUGGUUUUGUCAUCCGAAAUCCAGCUCGAACAAUUCCUGCAAAUCCUUCUAUUGAUCUGGGACCAGAGUAUAAGAAGGUUACCAACUUCUUGAGCCGAUUUAAAUCGAUCCCUAGCAUUAUUGAGCUUGAUAGUCUAAAGGUGGCCGGUGAUGUAUGGUUUGGUGCUGGUAUUACUCUCAAGGGGAAAGUGAGUAUCUUGGCAAAACCUGGUGUGAAAUUGGAAAUACCAGAUGGAGCUGUUCUUCAAAACAAGGAAAUCAAUGGCCCGGAGGACCUCUAAGAAGUUGCUUGGCGCAACUGUGUCGAAGAAAAACUCUGCACAGCCUUGUGUUCAUGUUGCAAAUCUCCUUUAGAUUGGUAGAACAAUAAGAGAUGAGUUCAGUUUGCAGUGUGUCUGAAUUUUGAAAUUAUGUCGCAGCAGCAUUGUAAUCCUAACUUAUAAAAUACCCGAGGGUGUAAACUGAUACAUAUGAAUAUUGGAACUGUAUGGUCCAAUUUUUGGUUCAAUUAUCCAUCACUUUUUUCGGAUA